UCUCUCACAUUUAAUCUGACAAUUUGGUCUAGAAGCACCGACGCAUCUUUGUUUACCGUUGAAUUCACCUUCCACAAAUCCACCAUACAAGUUCAGCUCUUUUGCCCCAAAUUUCAAACUCCAUGAACUCUCGAGAACUUUCUCUAGUGGCCACAGCAUCUCUAGUUGGCGCUUUCGCCUCCGCAAUCGCUCUCCGAUUCUUCCCCGGCUCCCAAACCCACCAAUCCAAAACCAAUCCCUCGCAAAACGGCACCGUCUCUUCUUCUACAGACCCUUUCGACCCCUCCAAACGCAAAGGAUACUUGUCGUGGGAUGAUUAUUUUAUGGCAAUUGCGUUUUUGUCUGCUGAAAGAUCUAAAGACCCUAACAGGCAGGUUGGUGCUUGCUUAGUGAGUCAAGAUGGUAUAAUUCUAGGGAUUGGUUAUAAUGGAUUUCCAAGAGGUUGUUCUGAUGACAAGUUACCAUGGGCCAAGAAAUCAAAGACUGGGAAUCCUUUGGAUACUAAGUACCCUUAUGUUUGUCAUGCUGAAGUAAAUGCUAUUCUUAACACAAACCACGCCUCUGCUGCCGGACAACGGCUAUAUGUGACUAUGUUUCCUUGCAAUGAGUGUGCCAAGAUCAUAAUCCAGUCAGGAGUUUCUGAAGUCAUUUAUUUCGUGGAGAAAAGAUUAGAAAAUUCAGAUGUUAUAUACACUGCCUCUCACAAGCUUCUUUCAUUGGCUGGUGUGAAGGUCAGGAAACACCAACCAGUGAGGAGUGAAAUUCAUCUGAAGUAUGAUGAGCUCUAGCUUUUGAAGCUUGGCAUGACAUGAAUUCUGUGUUUGUAGUAACUAUCUUCUGAAAUCAGAAUUACCGUAGACGAUGGCUGUGAUGUGACGUGAUGAUUCUAAUUACUUCAAAUAUAUUUCAAUUUCCCCUCAAACCAGAUAAUCUACAAAGAUAGUCAUGACACAUUUUGACCCUUCAUUAUGUGCUUUGUGCAAUCAAACCACAAAUAUGUAUUAAACCCCAUCCAGUCUUCUGACUUCAAACGUGAUAGCAGGAGAAUAUAAUACCUAGUUUUCCUAAGUUUAACAGUAAAGAAAACUUUCAAAACUAUAUAAAUCUUAGAAUUUACAACUCUCAUGUGAAAAGGAACUUUGAUUUAUAAUGGCAGAGUAGAAACAAUCCUCCCAUUUUCAAUCUAUCUAUUUAAUUAUGUCAUUUCUUUAGAGUCCAGGCACAAAUUUUAUGUUA